ACACAAUUAUCCGAGCGGUGCUGAUCUUCGCUGAAGGCAUCUUUGAAAACGAGAGCCACGUGAUCCACCCCACUCUUCAGAAUCUCUCGAGCAACAUAAAAGUCCUGCUCUCUCCGCCGAAGGACGUCCCGGUGGAGCUGAACAUCAAAGCCCUGGUGGGAUACAAGAAGAGCACGCAGUUCCAUGUUUUUGAACUGUCCCGACAACUCCCUCGCUUCUCGAUGUAUUCGCUCUGCAGCCCAGACUCU